AUGAUCUUUCGCCUAUUGUUUCUCACUAUUAUUGCUGUUCAUCCCAUUCAAAUACCUUUUAUUGAUCAAGCCAUUCUUAUUGCAAAAUCUACAACGAAUAUGACUAUCCUCACCAAUCAAACUUGUCAGCAAUGUCUUUGUCGCUUCCACUCAGCUUAUACUGCUCUGAACUGGUUUUCUAACAAUACAUGCCAACUAUUUUAUUCUUAUCCACGUGUUUAUACCGUUGAUGGGUUAUCGAAUGCUCGCCUUUACUUUCUGCAAGGUAUUUUUCCAAACGCAAGUGAAUGUUGUAUGUCAAACAGUUAUGUUUUCCAACAGCUCGACACGGCUCCAACAAUACGCACGAAUGUAUCAAAACCUCGUUGUCUGGUGAUUGACAACUACGGAUAUUUAGUGACUGUUUCUCAAAAAACGAAAGAUAUCAUUCGCUUAUAUCCCGCUAAUCUGUCUAUUGUUAAUCAAACAACUUCGCCGGUAUUUACCGAUACGCCAACUAGCAUUUCAUAUUACGAUGAAGCGUAUUACAUAGGAUUCGAUAUCUAUAUUUUAAUUUUGCAUACCAAUAACUUCAGUGUGUUGGCCAAUAUUACAACAGCAUCAUUACUCUUUAGUCGUGACAUAGGACUUCUACACAAUGGACAAAUCAUGAUUGUGUUGUCGACUGGAAACAACUAUAUCCUAUUUUUUAAUCGAACAGAUAAUGUUUCAAGGCAAUAUACUUACCUCGAUCAACAGUUAGUCACUUACCCAUCCCCACAUGGCUUCUGGUAUGUCAACGAUACUUACUUUUACGUUACUUCAUGGGCAACAAACAGUAUUUACUCGUAUUUAGCCACUAACAAUAUUACCAUAUGGUCUGAAAACCUUUUUAUUGAUGCAGGUUCAACUACAUCAUCACCGGGUGGCAACCAUUUAACAAUUGACGAUUGCGGCCGUUAUUGGUUUGCGUUAGGAGCGAAUGGUAUAUACAUAUUUGAUCAGCAAGGCAACUUAUUGAAAAACGAAAGUCGAAUAGCAUCAUUUAUUUUUCAUACACUGCUUACUGAUGAUUAUGUGAUGUAUAUCUCAGAUAUGGUGUACAAUCAAAUAGUUCGUUUGGAUUUGAAUGCUAUAUGUGCAUAG